AUGAAGUCUGCGAGCAGACUAUUCUAUCUUUCUGUGUUUGCCCUCUGGGCUGCACCCGGUUCUUGCGAGAGCUCUAGUGAUGAAUGCCAUAUCUCACCCAAGUCAAUCGUUGGCGAUGCCUGCGCUUCGUAUGCGACUCUCGAUAAACUCAACACCCUGACCAAACCCGCCGUCGACGACCUCACCCACAACACCGACUUCUUCUCGCACUACCGAGUGAACCUGUUUCACAAGAAAUGCCCCUUCUGGAACGACGAGAAUGGCAUGUGCGGAAACAUUGGAUGCGCGGUUGAGACGCUGGACAACGAGGAGGAUAUCCCGGAGAUCUGGCGUGCGCACGCUCUCGGUAAACUCGAGGGUCCUCGUGCUAAGCAUCCGGGGAAGAAGGCGCAGCGCCAGCAUCCUCAGCGACCUCUUGGAGGUAGCCUUGGAGAGAAUGUCGGCGAGAGCUGCGUCUUUGAGUACGAUGAUGAGUGCGACGAGCGAGAUUACUGUGUUCCUGAGGACGAGAGCGCGAGCUCAAAGGGUGAUUACGUGAGCUUGGUUCGAAACCCGGAGCGAUUCACUGGAUAUGCGGGCGAUGGGGCCAAGCAGGUCUGGGACGCCGUUUACCGAGAGAAUUGUUUCCAGAAGAGUUCGUUCCCCAAGUCUGCCGAUCUCGGCCAGUCUGGAUGGAACCGCGGUCCCGCUGCCCAAGAUUUCAAGCAGAUCCUUGAUGCGGCGGGUCGUCAGGCCCAGCUUCAGGAGCGUCGCCAGGAGAACCCCAAUACUCCGUUUGUCGCAAACACUGGCUUUGAGGUUGACGAUGAGUGUCUUGAGAAGCGAGUGUUCUACCGUGUCAUGUCCGGUAUGCACGCCAGCAUCAGCACUCAUCUCUGCUGGAACUUCUUGAACCAGACUACUGGCGAGUGGAGCCCUAACCUGUCCUGCUACGAACAUCGUCUGCAUAAAUUCCCUGACCGUAUUGGAAAUGUUUACUUCAACUAUGCGCUCAUGACCCGUGCUAUCGCCAAGGUUGGACCUUAUCUCCAGAAGAAGGAUUACAAGUUCUGUAUGGGAGAUGCUUCUGAGGACGCGGCCACUCGCGCCAAGGUCCUUGAGGUCACCGAAAAGGCUGCCAGUGUCCCUCAAAUAUUCGACGAGAGCCUGAUGUUUGUCAAUGGUGAAGGACCAUCUCUGAAGGAGGACUUCCGCAACCGUUUCCGCAACGUCAGUCGUCUCAUGGACUGCGUUGGCUGCGACAAGUGUCGUCUUUGGGGCAAGCUCCAAACUGCUGGCUACGGCACUGCCCUCAAGAUCCUUUUUGAGCUGGAUAACAACAGCGAAGACGUUCCAUACCUCUCGCGCACUGAGCUGGUCGCUCUCUUCAACACCUACGCUCGCAUCAGCAGCUCUCUCUACAACAUUGGCCAGUUCCAGCAGAUGAUGGAGGAGAAGGUCUUUGCGGAGAAGGAGCAGGAGGGUCUUGAGGAUCUCAACAAGAACGACAAGCUUAACAAGAAGUUCGAGAAGGAGGCUGAGGAGAACCCCCAGAUGGACGACGCUGUGCGGGAGUUUAUUGAGCUGCGACAGAGGGGUCCCAAGGACGACAGCACGAUGGCUCACGUUGCGUUCGAGUUUGCUCAAUUCAAGGCUGCUAUCAAGAUCAUUAUUAAAGGAUGGAUGCGCACGCCCAAGGCACUGUGGCGUGUUUUCACAUCGGAAGUCUCGCGUCUUUACAGAGUUUGGGUCGGUCUUCCUGUCGGUCCAAGAUGGUGGUCGAUGCGACUGCCUAACCUUAACGUGCCUCGGGAUGAGCUAUGA